CGAAAUAAGAAUAUCUACUUAACAAACGAGCAACAAACAUUUUUGGAAAAUGAAAGGAGCAACAAACGUCGUAGUGUUAUACCAUUUGUUUCAGAGGAAACAGAUUCUGAAUCUGAGCAAUUAUUGAAAGGUAACUUCAUGUAAUUUUAUUUCAGUGAUUUUGACAUAAUUUUCUAUCUAAUUUUUUGUAGAAUUAAGCAAGUCAAUUUCAAAUGUAACUAUUUCAAAUGAAUCUCACACUGAUAGUUUCAAUUCAUUGCAACGAAUACCUUCUAAUUUUGAAGAUCAACUGCCUACGACCUCCAAAGAACGGAAAUUAAACCUCAUGACACCUCUUGUAUCUGCUGCGCUAGAUCGAACUAAUACAACACCACGGAAUGCAGCAAUUAUUUUGGGCGCUGUUUCGCAAAGUUUAGGUAUUCCAUUAGAGAAAGUAAAUAUAUGCCCUAGUACUAUUUACAGACAUCGCAAACACGACAGAAAAAAUAUUGGAGAAAAUAUUAAAACUAAUUUCAAGCCUACUAGUAUCUUAACUGUGCAUUGGGAUGGAAAACUCUUAUCAGAAAUGUCAGGUUCAGCAAAAGUUGAAAGACUUCCAGUGCUUGUAACGGGUGUUGAUUGUGAACAAAUAUCAGGAGUGCCAAAAUUAAGUGACUCAUGUGCUUUCGGUCAAAGUGAAGUAAUUUUCAAAUUGCUAGAAGAUUGGAACCUUAAAGAUGGAGUUGGGGCUUUAUGCUUUGACACUACGAGUGUCAAUACUGGUACAUUAUUUUUCAACUUGACAUUUUCCUGUUUAUCAAUUCUGUCUAAUAAGUUCGUAUUUUUGUAGGUGAAAUAAAAGGUGUAUGCAAAUUGUUAGAAAAAAAAAUAGGAAAGAGUUUAUUAAAUCUUGCUUGUCGGCACCAUAUUUACGAGUUAAUUUUACGAUGCGCUUUUGAGGUUUACUGGCCAGUUACUUCAAGUCCAAAUGUGAUAGCAUUCAAUAGAUUUCAACAGUCAUGGCCAAAUAUUAAUAAAAAUAACUAUAAAACUGGAUUAGAGGACGAAAUGGUAGCCUCGAUGAUCCACGACAAAAAAGAUGACAUCCUGCUUUUCAUCUCUCAACAAUUGCAAGAACAUCAACCACGUGAUGACUAUCGUGAAUUAUUGGAAUUAUCAUCAGUGUUUUUGGGCAAUCGACCUGCUGAAAAUACGAACUUUAGAUCUCCUGGCCCAACACAUCAUGCGCGAUGGCUUUCUAAAGCAAUAUAUUCCUUAAAAAUUUAUCUUUUUCAAGAACAAUUUUCACUCAGCCGGACAGAGGCGUCGGGACUCCCCCACAUUUGUAUUUUCAUCGUAUUAGUAUACAUAAAAGCAUGGUAUUGUGCGCCUUCAGCAAUCCAAGCUCCUCGACAGGAUUUAGAAUUUAUGAAAGAUUUACUGAAUUAUAAAAAAAUAAAUAAAAAUAUUUCAGAAGUAGCGUCAAAAAAAUUCAGCAAUCACUUGUGGUAUUUAUCUGAACAACUUAUUUGUUUGUCAUUAUUUGAUAAUAAUGUUAGCGCAGAAAUCAAUUUAAAAUUAAUUAAAUCGAUUCAGAUAAGAAAAAAAUUGUAUGACUUUACAUCAGAAGAGUCGUUGAUUAUUUUUAAAAGGUUGGAACUCCCAACUGGUUUUUUAAAUUCACAUCCUGAUCAGUGGAUAUCUGACAAAAGUUACAAUACAUGCCUAAAAAUUUUAAAAAAUUUACACGUUGUUAAUGAUACUGCGGAACGGGCGGUCCAACUGAUUGAAGCCUACAAUAAAAGCUUAACUGUUGAUGAAGAGCAGAAACAGUACUUAUUGCAAGUUGUAGCUAUGCACAGGAAAAAAUUUCCAAAUGCUAACAAGCAGACGUUAAUGUUACCAUUUUUAGAUAAAUGA